CCCCCGCCCGCCCGCCUGCCCGCCGCCCCCAUGGCGCCCCGGGCCCCCGCUGUGCGGGGCCACUAGGACCCUCGGCAUCCCCUUCCCUGCCCCACCCUGCCCCCUCUCCCACGGCGCGAACCCGGGUGUCCACGGCGCCCAGCUUUUGAGCUCGCGUCCCCAGGCCGGCGGGGGGGGAGGGGAAGAGAGGGGACCCCGGGACCCCCACCCCCCCCUACCGACCCGGCCGCCCAGUCCCCCGAGACCCAGAGAAAAUGUCUUCGCGGACGGCUCUGGCCCCGGGCAACGAUCGGAACUCGGACACGCAUGGUACCCUGGGCAUUGGCCGUUCCUCGGACAAGGGACCGUCCUGGUCCAGCCGCUCCCUGGGUGCCCGCUGCCGGAAUUCCAUCGCCUCCUGUCCCGAAGAGCAGCCCCAUGUAGGCAACUACCGCCUGCUGAGGACCAUCGGGAAGGGCAACUUUGCCAAAGUCAAGCUGGCCCGCCACAUCCUUACGGGCCGGGAGGUCGCCAUCAAGAUCAUCGAUAAAACCCAGCUGAACCCCAGCAGCCUGCAGAAGCUGUUCCGAGAAGUCCGUAUCAUGAAGGGCCUAAACCACCCCAACAUCGUGAAGCUCUUCGAGGUGAUCGAGACAGAGAAGACGCUGUACCUGGUGAUGGAAUAUGCAAGUGCUGGAGAAGUGUUUGACUACCUCGUGUCACACGGCCGCAUGAAGGAGAAGGAAGCUCGAGCCAAGUUCCGACAGAUUGUAUCGGCCGUGCACUACUGUCAUCAGAAAAACAUUGUCCACAGGGACCUGAAGGCCGAGAACCUCUUGCUGGACGCCGAGGCCAACAUCAAGAUCGCCGACUUCGGCUUCAGCAACGAGUUCACGCUGGGCUCGAAGCUGGACACGUUCUGUGGGAGCCCCCCGUACGCCGCCCCGGAGCUGUUCCAGGGAAAGAAAUACGACGGGCCGGAGGUGGACAUCUGGAGCCUCGGCGUCAUCCUGUACACCCUCGUCAGCGGCUCCCUGCCCUUCGACGGCCACAACCUCAAGGAGCUGCGAGAGCGAGUCCUCAGAGGGAAGUACCGGGUCCCUUUCUACAUGUCAACAGACUGUGAGAGCAUUCUGCGGAGAUUUUUGGUGCUGAACCCAGCGAAACGCUGUACUCUCGAGCAAAUCAUGAAAGACAAAUGGAUCAACAUCGGCUAUGAGGGUGAGGAGUUGAAGCCAUACACAGAGCCCGAGGAGGACUUCGGGGACACCAAGCGAAUCGAGGUGAUGGUGGGUAUGGGCUACACGCGGGAAGAAAUCAAAGAGGCCUUGACCAGCCAGAAGUACAACGAAGUGACCGCCACCUACCUCCUGCUGGGCAGGAAGACUGAGGAGGGUGGGGACCGGGGCACCCCGGGGCUGGCCCUGGCACGGGUGCGGGCGCCCAGCGACACCACCAAUGGAACAAGCUCCAGCAAAGGCACCAGCCACAGCAAAGGGCAGCGGAGUUCCUCCUCCACCUACCACCGCCAGCGCAGGCAUAGCGACUUCUGUGGCCCAUCCCCUGCACCCCUGCACCCCAAGCGCAGCCCAACCAGCACAGGGGAGGCGGAGCUGAAGGAGGAGCGCCUGCCAGGCCGGAAGGCGAGCUGCAGUGCCGCGGGGAGCGGGAGCCGAGGGCUGCCCCCCUCCAGCCCCAUGGUCAGCAGCGCCCACAACCCCAACAAGGCAGAGAUCCCAGAGCGGCGGAAGGACAGUACGAGCACCCCUAACAACCUCCCCCCAAGCAUGAUGACCCGCAGAAACACCUACGUUUGCACAGAACGCCCGGGGGCUGAGCGCCCAUCCCUGUUGCCAAAUGGCAAAGAAAACAGCUCGGGGACCCCACGGGUGCCCCCCGCCUCCCCCUCCAGUCACAGCCUGGCUCCCCCAUCAGGGGAGCGGAGCCGCCUGGCACGCGGCUCCACCAUCCGCAGCACGUUCCACGGUGGCCAGGUCCGGGACAGGCGGGCAGGGGGCGGGGCAGGUGGGGGCGUGCAGAAUGGGCCCCCCGCCUCUCCCACGCUGGCCCAUGAGGCCACACCUCUGCCCACUGGGCGGCCCCGCCCCACCACCAACCUCUUCACCAAGCUGACCUCCAAACUGACCCGAAGGGUCACAGACGAACCUGAGAGAAUCGGGGGACCUGAGGUCACAAGUUGCCAUCUACCUUGGGAUCAAACGGAAACCGCCCCCCGGCUGCUCCGAUUCCCCUGGAGUGUGAAGCUGACCAGCUCGCGCCCGCCCGAGGCCCUGAUGGCAGCUCUGCGCCAGGCCACGGCGGCCGCCCGCUGCCGCUGCCGCCAGCCACAGCCGUUCCUGCUGGCCUGCCUGCACGGGGGUGCGGGCGGGCCCGAGCCCCUGUCCCACUUUGAAGUGGAGGUCUGCCAGCUGCCCCGGCCAGGCCUGCGAGGAGUUCUCUUCCGCCGCGUGGCGGGCACUGCCCUGGCCUUCCGCACCCUCGUCACCCGCAUCUCCAAUGACCUCGAGCUCUGAGCCAUCAUGGCCCUGGGUCCCCUCCUCUUUUCCUCUCCCACUUCGCUUCGGCAGGAGAGAAAGGGGAUCAAGGAGGGGAUUCUCCCUUUGUCAUCACUUCAGUUCCCUGAAAUCUAUCUGGGGGCAGAGAUUGUCCCCUCUGCUGUUCUCUGGGGCCGCUGGGCAGGAGAGAAGAGCAAAGGGGCUUAACAGGGGAAGCUGGCACCUUCCUGGAGCCCCCAGCUCGUCCUGUCUCCCCUCACCCUGCCGCGGGGUACCUGAGGAAACUUUGGGGGCGGGGGGGCAGAAAGGGAAACAGGAAACUUCCAUUCCCCCCAACAGCUCAAGAAUUAGGCCUUGGGCAGGGGCAAGAAGAGUUGCUGAGCCUAAAGACUGGAUGGAGAACUGGGGUGGGUGGGGUUGGGAGUGGGGGUCAGAGAGGCAGAUUCCUUCCCCUCCCCAUCUCCUCCUGCUCGAACCCCUCUUUUCCUGCCCCAGGCUGGCGCGGGGCACUUUGUACAAAUCCUUGUAAAUACCCCCGCACCCUCCCCUCUGCAGAGGUCUCCCGAGGAGCUGCCGCUCUCACCUCCGUUUUUUAAGUUAUUACAGCCCCACCCUCCUCCUGUCAGCCCCUCACCUGCAGCCUGUUGCCCAAUAAACUUAGGAAGUCCCCCCUCCCCCACGCUGACCCUGGGGUCUUCCUUCCCUGCCCUCAUCUGCAAGUGAGAUGAAGAGGAGGUGUGUGACUGGGCCAGUGGUUUCUCCUUUCUGGGCCUCGGUUUUCUCAUCUGCAGAAUGGGAGUAGUGGGGGUGUGAGGGUCAAGGAUGAUUGUGGAAGAGGGCAGGACAGGAUUCGGCCUCAUCCACGAGGCCCCAGUUCCUAUAUCGGACCCCCGUUCAUCCAUUCACAUACCCAUCCACAUGUUAUACUGGACUCUAAGCCACUUCUUACUCCAGCAGUACAUUUAUUCAAUAAACAGUCAUUGACCGGU